AUGCCGUGCAGUAUUCAUGGACAGCUUACUGCCGAGAACUCCCCGCAAUAUUUCACAAGCGAGGAAGCCCCGGAACGCAUGUUCAAAUAUAAUCCGAAAAUGAAACUUAUUGUGACCGUCCGAAAUCCGGUAUCUAGACUGGAAUCCGAAUUCGUUCAAAUGGCAAUAGGAAGACCUCAGUUUUUAACUGGCGAGUCUGUUGAUGAAAAUGUAAUCGAUCCGGAAACUGGAGAAAUAAACGAAAAGAAAACAUUAGUGUCAAAAUCAGUGUAUAUAAAAUAUCUCAAAAACUGGUUGAACUAUUUUAGUGUCAAACAAAUUCACAUAGUCGACGGUGACGAGUUCGCACGAAAUCCUGUGAAAGAACUUCAGGAAAUAGAACGAUUUUUAGGAGUGAAGAAGUUUUACAAAAAAGAACGCUUUGCUUAUGUAGAGAGCAGAGGAUUCUUUUGUUUACAAAGACAGGAAGAUGUUGAAUGUUUGGAAAAGGGAAAGGGUAGACCCCAUCCUUAUAUAAACCCUUACCUUAUGCAAAAAUUAAAGGAAUUUUAUGCACCGUAUAACGAAGAAUUGUUUACAACUUUCGGAAAGCGGUUUAAUUGGAAUUGA